UCUCGUCCUGUCCUGUCUUUCGUUCCUUUCUCUCCCUCGGCGGCCCAGUAUCUCUCCCGAUGCGCGCACUGUUUACUCCGAAAUACAACGCCGCGCAUAGCACGCAGCCGACGAUGACUCGUCGUGGAUACGCUUGAUCGGGUGAUUCCUCAUCGAGGAUGAUAUUCGAGAGAGAAGCCGCGAUCGAUCUCCUCGCGUCUCGCCUUACGCGAUCGUUUUUAUUCACGUUGUUUUUUUCUCUUUCCUUUAUUCGAAAAACAAAAAAAAAUAUGCUCGGGGCAUCGCGAAAUUAUUACGAGUCUUGUGUCUUAUAAUCCAAGAAACUGCUUAGAGGAAUAUAAUAAUAACUGUAAAUUGUAUAUUAAGAAACUGCAUAAUGACGGAAUACAAACUUGUGGUAGUUGGAGCUGGAGGUGUUGGAAAAUCAGCACUUACCAUUCAAUUGAUACAGAAUCACUUUGUUGAUGAAUAUGAUCCUACCAUAGAAGAUUCAUAUAGAAAACAAGUAGUGAUCGAUGGUGAAACGUGCCUUCUAGAUAUAUUAGACACUGCUGGACAAGAGGAAUAUAGUGCAAUGAGAGAUCAAUAUAUGAGAACAGGAGAAGGAUUCUUGUUAGUCUUUGCUGUAAAUUCUGCUAAAAGUUUUGAGGACAUUGGAACAUAUAGGGAACAAAUAAAACGAGUAAAAGAUGCAGAGGAAGUGCCAAUGGUAUUAGUUGGAAAUAAAUGCGAUCUUCAGCAAUCUUGGGCAGUAAACAUGACUCAAGCGAGAGAAGUUGCGCGACAAUAUGGUGUGCCAUUUGUAGAAACUUCGGCGAAAACAAGAAUGGGUGUAGAUGAUGCAUUUUAUACUUUGGUUAGAGAAAUACGAAAAGAUAAAGAACGUACAGGAAAACCACCUCGUAGUAGUGGACACAGAAGACAUCGAUGCUGUAUUUUAUAAAUCCUUGGAUAACACCAAUAUAUUUUCACUCAAAACUCUAUUACAACGCAGAAAUAGAAUAUGAGAAAAGCCUUAUAUUAUGUUCACAGUGCACAAAUAUUUGCAGCUUACACUAUAGAAUAAAUUACAAUAAAUUAUAAUAAA